UGAAUGUACAAUUAAUACAUAGCAAAUACAAAUAGCAAAAAUAAAAACAAAAAGAAGAAGAAAAGAGAUAUGGGUUUUACAGAGAAACAAGAGGCUUUAGUGAAUAGCUCAUGGGAAUUAUUUAAACAAAACCCUGGUAAUAGUGUUUUGUUCUACACUAUUAUAUUGGAGAAAGCCCCUGCAGCAAAGGGCAUGUUCUCUUUUCUUAAGGACACAGCUGGAGUACAAGAUAGUCCUAAACUCCAAAGUCAUGCUGAAAAAGUUUUUGGAAUGGUGCGCGAUUCAGCUGUUCAACUCCGAGCAACAGGGGGAGUAGUUUUGGGAGAUGCUACAUUGGGUGCAAUCCACAUUCAGAAAGGAGUGGUUGAUCCACAUUUUGUGGUGGUUAAAGAAGCUUUGCUGAAAACAAUAAAGGAAGUAUCAGGAGAUAAAUGGAGCGAAGAAUUGAGCACUGCUUGGGAAGUAGCCUAUGAUGCAUUGGCAGCUGCAAUUAAGAAGGCAAUGGGUUAAAUUUGGGAUGAUCUAGUUAUAAAUCAAUUCAAUAAAUAAAAAAUGUAUUACUAAAACUUGUUUAACAAGUUUCUAUAAUAAAUGUUGACUAUUAAAUAUUGUUUGUGUUUA